AAGCCCUGGCAAUGUGGCUGUGACAUGUCACCAUAAGUAGGGUGCCCGCUCCCGUUCUCCGGCCCUUCUCCUCUCCGUUCCUAACCAGCAAGGAGAACAACAUCUACAAUGGCCAAAUCCAUCAUCCAAAGAUACCAACACAUCAAAAGACAUCUAAGACCAGUCUCAAGAAAGCAGUCCUGUAAUUCCAGCAUCGAUUUUGGCCAUGGAAAUUACUCUCGCUACAUAUGCAGGGUCCUGAAGGAAGUUGUACCCAUGAAAGGCAUGUCUUCACACACUGUGGACAUUCUGAACUUCCUGAUCAAUGACAUCUUUAAACGCAUUGCUACAGAAGCUGGCCAGCUGAUGUAUCUCAGGAAGCGCUGCACCCUCACCCCAGAAGAUAUCCAGAAAGCAGUGUAUCAGCUGUUACCUAAGAAGCUGGCUAUGUUUGCUGUGACUUUUGGAAAUAGAGCCGUCCACAGAUUUGUCCAUUCCUAA